AUGAGGGAUGGCGUUGAAAAAAUCACAUUUGUUGAGGCAGAGCAAGUUGUUGGCAACGAGGAUGGCCGUAUCAUGUACCACCAGAUGGAUGAGUUCAGGCGAAUUCUGGACAGCGCAAAGGCCGGCAUCUGUCAAGGACAGCUUCUUCGAGAUGCAUCGAAGUGUCCUCAGUCGAAGACAGCGCUGGAUCGCAUGGCGUCCAUCCUGCUUGCGCAAAAUUCCCAAACCCUUCCAGCCAACAUUCAAUCCCAGCGAACUGCCCUUGUUAAGUACCUGCAGAACCACAACUACGGCAGUGCAGAAGAUAUAGCUGCCGAGUAUCUUUUUGGAAUGGAUGCCGAGGCGGCUACUUAG